UAAAUUCAGAUUAGUGUGAGGACAUUUUUGCCGCGAACAGCUAAAGCAUAAACCUAAGGAAGGUGGAAGGCGGAGGAGGGGAUAACGCAACGGCCAACGCACAGCGAUGGCUUUCUCGACGCUCCCCGUCUUCACUCUCUCACCUCCUUCCCAUAGGAUGCAGCUGAGAGUGGAAAGUUCGGCGAUUUUGAGCUUUUCCAUGAGGCCGAAGGUGAUUUCCCGGAUGCAGAAAGAUGGCAGAGGUCGCAGAGUGUGGCGGCGAAGAAAACUGACAAAGAAAGAUGACAUGCUGGGAUACAAGAUGGAGAGAGUACCAUUCCUCGAGGAGCAGGUUCGGAAGGUAAAAGACGGAGGACAGCUCUUGGGAAUGGACAUCGAGAGACUACUGCUAUCGGAAGAUAACCGGUUUGAUUUUGUCAAUGACGUAGCGGCCGAGGCUAUUGAGUAUGUGGAGAACAACAGAGACGAAUAUGGGGGCAAGAAGAAAGCCAUCCUUCAAGUGAUAAGCAACCGAGUGAACGAUGCUGGGUUUUUUAGACCAGAGGCAUAUGAAGAAUCCGACCCCUUCAAGCCAGGGCCUUCUUAUUUGAAAGAAGAAUUUACUUAAAAGUGGAUUAGUGGAUUAGAUACACCAUUAGUUCAUGUUCUAUUGUAAUCUGGAGGCUAUUAUCUAUAAUUAAGUUUUUGCUUCUUAAUCUA